AUGGGCAAGUUUAGCAUGAGCAAGACGAGAGCCUACAACUGGUACAUCUCUCUCGUGGCCGCCUCAUGCAUGGUUCUCUACGGCUACGAUGCCUCCGUCUUCAAUGCUGUGCAGGGAUCGAAGCACUGGGUCGCCUACUUCGACAAGCCUAGUCUCCAAACGAUCGGUGCCAUCAACACCGCCUAUACUGUCGGAGCCAUCGUUGCUGGUUGGUUCAUGGGCGGUCCUAUUGCCGAUUACUUCGGACGUCGCGUGUAA